GAGAGAGCGAGAAAGAGAGAAUGUGGUAACAGUGCGGUACCAGCUGCAGCACUACUAGUGAGGUGCGCAUCACUAUCAGUCACUAGAAACAGUGGAUUAGUACUCGCGUCUUUUUUGCCUCACAGUAGUUCAGUAUAGAAUAUUUCAUCUGGCUAUUAAUAAUGACAACUUUUGACUUCUCCGAUGUGGAGGCGUUUCUGGACCGCCACCCGGAACUCUUCGAGGACUACGUGAUCCGUAAAGGCGAGCGCGCAGCUCUGAGCACACGCCUGCCGGAGACGCGGCCGUGCAACAUCUCCGCUCCGGAGGAGGAGCGCGAGGACGCGGACGGCGGGAAACGGCGCUCGUCGCACGCGGAGAUGCGGCGCACCUUCGCGCGCUCCAAAGCGAGCGCCACGCACCACACCUACGACGAGCGCGCGAGCGUGGCGGCGCGGGAGUCCCAGGCAAGCGUGAGGCGGCGCGCGCUCCUGCGCAAGGCCAGCUCACUGCCACCCACCACGGCGCACAUCCUGAGCGCGCUGCUGGAGUCGCGCGUGAACGUGCCGCGCUACGCCUCCAGCGCGCUCGACUACAAGUACACGCUCAAGGAGUCGGACGAGCGCGAGUUCUUCCUCGAGCUCGUCAAGGACAUCUCCGGCGAACUCGACAUGACCAGCCUGGGCUACAAGAUCCUAGUAAACGUGUGCGUCAUGGUGAACGCAGACCGCUGCUCGCUCUUCCUGGUAGAAGGUCCUGCGCACGAGAGGACGUUAGUGUCCAAGUUUCUCGACGUGCACUCGGGGACAGCGGGGCGACCCUGCUCCAGCGCAAUUCCCUUCGCCGAGGUGCAAGUGCCCUGGGGCAAGGGUAUCAUCGGCUAUGUGGCCGAGCACGGCGAGACGGUCAACGUCCCAAACGCGUAUGAGGACCAUCGGUUUAGUGAUGAGAUUGACAAGCUGACAGGUUAUAAGACUCAGUCAAUCCUGUGCAUGGCCAUCUGUAACAGUGAUGGAGAGGUGAUCGGAGUGGUGCAGGCCAUCAACAAGAAACCCAGUGGAACCCCCUUCACUGAGGAUGAUGAAAAGGUGCUACAGAUGUACCUACCCUUCUGUGGUAUAUCGAUCUCCAAUGCCAAGCUCUUCUCUGAGUCCCGCAAAGAAUACGAUAGGAGCCGGGCUCUUCUGGAGGUGGUGAACGAUCUGUUUGAAGAGCAGACAGACCUGGAGAAGAUUGUGAGAAAGAUCAUGCAGCGAGCUCUAACCUUGCUGCAGUGUGAACGCUGCUCUGUGCUGCUCCUAGAGGACAUCCACUCACCUGUGGUAAAGUUCUCGAAGACAUUUGAGCUCAUGUCUCCAUUUUGCAAUGUGGAUCAUGACAUAAGCAUGGAGAAGGUGUCCUGUUCUGACUGGCUGAUCAAUAACAGCAUUGCUGAGUUGGUGGCAUCUACAGGCCUGCCUGUUAAUAUAAGUGAUGUGUGUCAGGAUCCCCGGUUUGAUUCUGAGGCUGACCAGGCCUCAGGCUUUCACAUCAGGUCAGUGCUGUGUGUCCCCAUUUGGAACAGAACCCAUCAAAUAAUUGGUGUUGCCCAAAUUCUUAACCGCUUGGACAGGAAGACGUUUAAUGAUGCAGAUCAAAGAUUAUUUGAGGCCUUUGUUAUUUUCUGUGGCCUUGGCAUCAACAAUACAAUGAUGUACAACCAAGUGAAGAAAGCUUGGGCAAAACAGUCUGUGGCUUUGGACAUGCUGUCUUAUCAUGCUACCUGCUCAAAAGCUGAAGUGGAUCGACUCAAGGCUGCUAAGAUCCCCCUGAGCAGUGAGCUGGGAAUUGAUGAGUUCUACUUCAAUGACUUUUCUCUGGACAAUGACGCCAUGAUCAACGCCUCCCUGCGCAUGUUUCUGGAGCUUAGUGUUGUGCAAAAAUUUAAGAUUGAUUAUGAGGUGUUGUGCCGCUGGCUGCUCACUGUAAGGAAGAACUACCGCACUGUGGCUUAUCACAACUGGAGACACGCUUUCAACGUCUCCCAGUGCAUGUUCGUCAUGAUAACUACUGCAGGGUUCCAGGAUGUUCUAACAGACACAGAGACUCUGGCACUGAUGGUUGGAUGUCUGUGCCAUGACCUGGAUCAUCGUGGCACCAACAAUGCAUUUCAAGCCAAGUCAGGAUCACCGCUGGCAUUGCUGUAUGGAACUUCAGCUACUCUUGAACAUCACCACUUCAACCACGCUGUUAUGAUCCUGCAGAGUGAGGGGCACAAUAUUUUUGCCAAUCUCAGCUCUAAAGAGUACAGCAACAUGAUGCAGCUUUUAAAGCAGGCCAUCCUGUCUACAGAUCUCACCUUGUAUUUCCAAAAAAGAACCAAGUUCUUUGAGUAUCUUCUGUCUGGAGACUUCAGCUGGUCAAGUCAGGAGCACAGAGACAUUUUCAGGUCCAUGCUUAUGACUGCGUGUGACGUGGGUGCUGUGACUCGACCAUGGGAGAUCUCUAAACAGGUGGCAGAGUUGGUGACUAGUGAGUUCUUUGAGCAGGGUGACAGGGAACGAUUUGAGCUGAAGCUCACACCAUCUGCCAUUUUUGAUCGCAAUCGUAAAGAUGAACUUCCUGCACUUCAGCUUGAAUGGAUCGAUGGGAUUUGUAAGCCACUGUAUGAGGCUUUGCUGAAGCUGAAUAGGAAGCUUCAGCCAAUGGUAGAUGGGAUACAUGCCAAUCGAAAAAAAUGGGAGGAACUCUGUUUGUCCUAUCAGCAAGCACGCCAAGUCUCAGAGUCCUUCAAUCCGUGUCCAGGAGUGGAAGAAGAAGAAUCAAGUCAAUGCACAGACUCCACCCUUACACAGUCAUUUGAACCUGCAGCAACCAAUCAGAGCACAGAGUCCACCCAUAGGGUGGAGUCAAAUUAGAACACAGCAUCGAAUCAGAAGUCAGCAUUGAUGGCAAAUUAGGGUGAACAGGGGAUGGACACUACUUUUAGAGUAAAAAUCAAAAAAGUUGCAAUGCAAAGGCAAUUUCAGUGGCUUUCAACAGCACAUUUCAACAGCACAACAAUUCUUGGCUUAUAUGUAAUUACAUAUUAAUAGCCUUACUUAUAGUCUAUAAAAAUAUAACCUUGAUCAAUCUGACCUGUUUCAGAAAAAACAGAGGAAGUAUACUAACAUACUGCACAUUAUACUGUGUUGAGCUUUGGGGAAUGGAUUGGUUACUAAUGCACUGAAAUGAAAGGAAAAAAUGAGCUACUUCUUAAGGUUAAUACUGUGAUGGCAUGGUUAUACCAUGAUAAUUAGUCAUAAGAUAUGAUAUUACUGCAGAUCAACAUUUAAUUCACUGUGAAUUGAUAUAACUGUGAUAUUUAGCAAUCAAUGAAUUUUUUUCAUGACAACAAACUUAUUCUAAAUAAGGGUUUGUGGUUUAUUCAGACAAAUGCCUUUUGUCCAGUGACACUAAACAUGGACUUCAUGACACCUCAUUUUUUUGGUUGAUUGAUUCAUUAUUCAGUUUCUGCCAGUACUGUAGUAGACACAUUGGUUUGAGAGUUAAAAAUUAACUACAUCCUAGCAUUAAUAAAUAUAUAAAUUGUUAAACACUGUUUGUUUUUAGUGUCAAAUUUUAUUACUAUGUUAUAUAUGGCUUUCUGAUGGUAAUAUAGACUUUCAUAAGUAUUGCUCAUGGCUUUGUCAUAUAUAUAUAAUAUGACAAAUACCUUGAAGGACUGGUAACAGAACCAAUAAGGCUUACCAAAGUAACGUGUCACACUCUUUACAAGCUAAAUUUAUAAAUCAGUUUGUUUGCAUGUGAUUAUCAGCAUGUAAUGUUUAAUUUCACCAAACUACAUCUGCAAAAUUCAUUUUUGAACUGCACUUAAACUGCCACAACAUUUGUACCAGCACUGUGAAUGCAAAUGAAAUCCACAGUAUUGCAUGCUGCAGUCUGCUGCUUUGAAAUAGGUUCCUGCUUUCAAUGGGAGGUUUUUAAACCUUUAAGGUGUACUACAGUUUGUUGUUAAAGUUGCCAGCAUGAAUACGUUUGUGUUCCAAACAUUGUCUGCCUUAUUGACAAAUGAUUCAUGUUAUUAUAUUUGCACUUAUAUGAUUCUCUAACAUUUAGGAAAAAGGACAAUUUAUAUGCAUAUACAGAAAGAUCAUAAGAUCAGAAGGGAAAAAAGCUUUUUAUAUAUUACUAGCUACUUUGAAACUAAUAUUUAAUGUUUGUAUGACCUAGCUUCUGCUGCUACAUUUCUUUACUCAACAAAUUUUCAUCCACCUAUUUCUAACCAUUUCUUCUCUGGUUUCUACAUGAAUGACAUUAAAUAACUGUGCAAUUUUUUGUGCAUAUACAUGGUCUUUUUGUAGCUCAAAAAUUUCCCCAGUUUUGUAAAUAAAAUAUACUGUGAUGCUAAAUUCUGUAUGUUUUUAUUUCGUCUGAUUUAUAAUGAUAAAAUGUGCACAAUCUACAUGCUAUAACAUUUAGAAGAAAUUUGUAGAUAUAAUAAAAAAGAAUAGCCCUAGUAUUUGAGAUAAGCAAUAUAGGAAAGUCAGGACUUUGGACAUGUUAAUUUAUGUAACUAUUUAAUUCCUCUUUGACUGUAGAUUAAGCAAAAAUAGUGAAAUAAGUUCAGUGAAGAUUUGUAAUUUGUAUAAGUGUCUACAGAUCUGAAUUUGUGAAAACAGUCUUUAAUAAGUGAUGUAUUGACACAUUCCUUUUUUCCCUGUGGGUGUGUGUUUACUGGAUUCACAAAAUAAAUUGUAGCUAAAUUCACUGAAAGACAAAUGUAAAAGCUGUUUGUGAACCCAUUUUUGCAUACUUGCAUAUUUGGAUUCCAAAACAUGGUGGGACCAAUAUUUUGUUUCUAUGUUUAGACAUAGAAUAUUCUAUGGUUAGACAUCUGAAUUGAUUUAAUACUUAGAAAUAAUAAAAAAAAAACAUACUUUAAUUCUUUGCUUGAGGAACAAUUUCACUUUUACCUGAGUAUAUUCAUAGAAAAAAAAGUUUCACAUAGAAAAAAAAGGUUCACUGGAUAAUUAAGCUUCCAAAAAGGGUUCUACUCGGAAAUCAUUCUGUUUGUAAAGGGCUUUUUAAGGGACAAACGUAGGGCCAUUAUUGGUUCAAAAUUUUCUAACCAUGUAGCUUAUUUACUUCUUAAGAGUUUAAAACUACACAUAGGCAUUUGGUCUGGUUAACAAAACAAAGGUUGUUGAGCACAGGAAGCAUUUGAAGUAGUGCCUUUAAUAAAGCUAGAAAUUGAUUCAGCAGAUAGAAGCAUUGUGCUGGACAGUCUCACAGCCACACAGGGCUUAACCAGGCAAAAGCAGCCACACUUUAUAAUCUAUUAUUCAGCACAGCUCCACUGCCUUUCCACAGACUUUUAGAGAAGGAAACAGGAAAAGAAAAGAAUUUAUAUUCUUUUUAUAUAAGGUCCCCCUUUUUACAUACAGUGUAUAGCAAAAACAAAAGAAUUGACCCUGAACAUUCCAAUACUUUUGGAAGGGACUGUCUUUCCCUUUGGAGCUACAGCUCUAUAUUUUGUCCUUCAUUAUUUUCCACAGCAAUGUUGUGUCUUUACUGUUAUAAAAACUUAUAACCUCUUUACCCUUUAUGUAAAAUAAGCUAAACACACAGAGAACACAGCAAAUCCCUAUAAUUAGGUGAUUAUUGUAAAUGUACAAUAGUGGUAGGGUUUAAUAAUGCAUAAUGUAUGUCUAGUGCAGUUGUACAUUGCUGGCAGUAGUACUCAGUGAUGGUAUCAACACAGAAGAAAUGGGAAUGGAGUGUUUUGUGAAUCAUAUCCACAUUGGUACAGGCUAAAUGAGCGCUAUUUAUCUACACACAUUGUUUACUCAGCAAUCUUCGCUGUAUGAAUGUUCUUAUCCAGUUGAAGAAACUGCACUAAUGUGGAAGGGAAGCCUUCCAACAGAGAGCCACAUAAGUAACCUAUUAGCAUUAGUGCAUAUGAAGUAGUGAAAAAAAGCAGUUGCAAAGACAUUUUGUUUGAUUACUUCAUCAACUGGUAGCUGUCUUUAGAAUGGUUUUAUUACGCAUCUCAUGGUUACCAUUCUGCUAUCAAAUAUUUAUAAACCAAAUCACGGUAUGAAUUCAGUGGACUUUGUAAUUUGAUAUGAAUGGCUUCAUGGUGAAGAUCAUAUCUGACAUUUGCUCUUUUUAUGUAUAGUAUAACAUCCAUCCAGCCAUUUUCCAUGCCGCUUAUCCUACACAGGGUCAUGGGGGAGCCUGGAGCCUAUCUCAGGGAACUUGAGACACCCUGGACGGGAUGCCAACCCAUCACAGGGCACAAUCACACGCACAUUCACACACUAUGGACAAUCUGGAAAUGCCAAUCAGCCUACAACGCAUGUCUUUGGACUGGGAGAUGAAAUUGGAGUACCUCUGAAGCAUGGGGAGAACAUGCAAACUCCGUGGACACAGGGUAGUAGCCGGGAUUCAAACCCCCAACUCCGGAGAUGAGAGGAAAGAAAGAUUUUAACUGCAGAAAACAACAGCACUGUCUGUUACAUACGAAAAACUUUACAGUGUUUUUCUUUAGUUGAAAUCUGAUGAUAGUGAAGAUAGUCAAUGACUGCUGGCUAUGCAACAUGUUUCCCUAAAAAGAAGAGCAAUAUAUAAAUCGGUAUUUGUUUAUUUUAUUUUUUGUACAUCACAUGACCACCUACUAUGCGUCCUGUGUAGGACUGUUUUCAUAUUUCAAUACAUUUUACUGACUAUUCAUUUAUACAUGAAUUUGUGAUGCUAUUUCUUCAACACUGCUUAAUUAGGCAGUUAGAUAUGCACAAGCUGGAGGUUGAUUAUUUCACUGAGAUUAAAAUUUCUCAACCAUUCAAAAGUCUGAUCCACUCAUAGUGGCUUAGCCAAGAGGUGUGACUUUAUCCUUGUGUUUAUGUGUGUAAAUCUCGGUUCUUUCAUGCAUGCUCCUAACCCAUAGCACACUUUACUCUGCAACGACACGAACUAGAGUCCAAAGUGUUCAAACACUCUUCACAUGUGAGCUUGAAAGUGCUCCAGUACAGCAAUGAAUUAAAAUUUCAGCAGGCAGACUGCACUAAAAGAGAUUUCCAAGCCGUGAUGCUGAAAAAUUCAUCUGAGUUUCCAUGGCUGACAUUAUGUAAUUCUAUUUCUUAUAUGUGGUUAAUAACCUUAUAUGUGGGUGCAAAUCAGUGUAUACAUCAAUCAAGAUAAAAGCCAUGUUAUGUACAAUUUAAAGAAUUAAGAAAAGGAAAUAAUCCCAUAAUAAUUCCUGUCUCUGUCUGUCUCUAUACCUCUUACUUUAAAUUGUAUUUACAAUUUGUUGCAACAUUUAUUUAUGAUGGUCUGUAUCAUAAACCACAUGCACUGAAAUGAUCAACAGUAACAGUAGGCUUUGUCUUAUAAUAAAAGUAAUUAUUAGUAUUUAUUACAUACAAUUAUUAGUAAAACUAAUAAAAGUCUUCUCUACAGACUGCUAUAUAAAGAGGAAACUCUUUUCUAAAAGAAAAUAUCCACUGUUUUAAAGCAUUUGUCUCUUUUUUACACUCAUGUUUAUAUGUAAGGACUGAACAUUUUUGUUCAGUGUCUGGUACUGAAUAUGUAACAACAAUAUUUAAUAGUUUCCUCAAA